CAAGACACAAAGACAAUGACACAAAAAUUGUCAAAAUGUCAAAUUAAAGAAAUACGGCGUUGUUGUCAUAUCGGAUGUGUAAUUAAACGAUCAUCAUAUGAUGAAUCAUUAUACCAUGUGCAAAUUGUUUUGUGCAACGCAAUCAAAGUUAACAAACCAUCAAAUUUUGAUGAACCAUUAUCUAAUGAUCGAUUGAUGGGAGUUUUGUGCAACCGGGCAUAAGACAACAAAUGAACAAGAGUUCAGGCAAAUGUCAAACAAAUUUUUGUGUCAUUUGUGUCAAAAUGUUUGCAUUCAACUUGAAAAAUGUGUUAAUUGUGUUUUUGUGGAUUGACUACUUGUGGGUGCAGUAUUUGCGUGCUAGACAACACAAGAAAGUGAAAAUUUCAAAUGGGCUUUCAAAAGAAUGCAAUGAGGCACUACCGAAAGAAUCAUUUGAUAAAUGCAAAGCCCAAGCCCUUCAACGCAAUCGACUCGCUUUUGUCAAAGACUUUGUCUCAAUUAUUACAACCACGACAGUCAUCCAAAGCAAAAUUUUACCAAAGAUAUGGGACGAAACCGACCCAUUGGGUGAACUAGAUGAAAUUACCAGGAGUUGCAUGUGGUAUUUUUUCUUCACCACUUUUCUCGCAUUCAUCAAUUUGCCCUUUACAAUAUACGACAGUGUGAUUUUUGAAUCGAACCAAAACCCGGAAUUUCUCAUUUGGAAACAGCUCAAAAAUUUUGUAGUUGGACAGGUUUUCGCUGUGAUGCUUUGCUCACUUCUUGUCACGAUUAUCAAGAACGGAGAUGAGGUUUUUAUCAGUGUUUGGAUACUUUUUUGCUUAGUUGUGUUUAUUGUGGGAGUUAGCUACCCUCAAAUGGCUCCUUCAAAAUACCGUCAUUUGUCUCCACUCAAACCCGGAAAUUUGAGAAACGAGAUCACUAAUCUAGCCGUGACUUUAGAUUUUCCUCUAAAAGAAAUCUAUAUUGAGGAGAGAUUCAGUAACAAAUCUUGUUCAAAUAUUUAUUUUUACGGUCGUCCUCACCAAAAAUCAAUUGUUAUUUUGAACACACUUAUCCUGAAAGAACACGGAAUUGGGUGUACCAACAAUCAAAUUCUUGCUUUAGUUUCUUUCGAAUUUGCCCGUUGGCAUUUUAAAGAAUCGUUCAAAUACGUCAUGGUUCUCGAAGCUAAUCUUUUAUUGUCCUUUCUCGCUUUUUUCGUCUUGUUCAAGCACCCUCAAAUAUACGAAAUUUUUGGUUUUGUGAAUUUUCACCCUGUUCUUGUGGGUGUUUAUGUGGUUUUGAAAUACGUGAUGGUGCCUUACGCUUCGUUGCUGAGUUUUGGGUUUAUGUGGGUUUCGAGAAGGUUUGUAAUGCAAAAUGAUGAAUUUGUGGCCAAGUUGGGGAAAGGAAAAGCGCUAAUUGAAGCUUUGAUUCGAGUGGAGGAAAAUAAUGGAAAAUUUCCGGUUUGUGAUCGGUUGUAUUCCAUGUGGCAUAAUGAGAAGCCGUGUUUAAUGGAAAGAAUUGAAGCAAUUGAAAGGAUAGAAGAGGAGAAAUUUGAGUGAUGUUUUGAAAUUUUGCACUAAAUAAAAUAGAAAUUUUA